GCAGGGCCAGGGGACAGCCAGGCUGGGGAGGAAUGGGCUAGAUCAGGGGUGUCAAACUGGCGGCCCUCCAGCUGUUGCAAAGCUACAAGUCCCAUCAUGCCUCUACCUUUGGGAGUCAUGCUUGUAACUGUCAGUCUUGCAAUGCCUCAUGGGACCUGUAGUUUGGCAGCAGCUGGUGGUCCGCCAGUUUGACACCCUGCUUCUAAAGCAGAGGUGCCAAACUGCGGCCCUCCAGCUGUUGUGAAACUACAAUCCCCAUCAUGCCUCCGCCGUUGGGAAUCAUGCUUGUAACUGUCAAUCUUGCAAUGCCUCAUGGGACUUGUAGUUUGGCAACAGCUGGAGGGCCGCCAGUUUGACACCCGUGUUCUA